CACAGAAUCACCUCAAUUUCACCUCUUUAGGGUUCCUCUUCUAUUAUGAAUCCCAACUCCUGCGUUCCAUCUGCAGCAAAUCCAUCAAUACCCAUCCUAUUCUCCCUCAACCUCUGUUUUUAGCUCGUCACCUAGCAUGCUCAAUUCCAACGGGAAGAAGGAAUAGGAUUGGGAAAGGGAAUACAGUUUUGGUUUUUCUUUUUUCUUUUUAUUUUUUUUAUUUUUUUUCCGAAUUUUUAACAUUUUCCUUCAGCUAUGACUAUUGUGGGGGCUUGAGGCACCUAAAUCCGCUGUUAUCAAUCGACCCAAGUGUUUGGGUUUCGUGCAACACAAUUGAAAUUUGAAAUGCUCAAUAAAAUUUUCAUCCAAAAGUAGUCACUUCCCAUGUCGUAUAGUCUCCAAUUGUUUCAGUCCGUCCUUUUUUGGUGGAAUUUACACUUUGAGAUUGUGAAUACUUGGCAUUGUUGGUACUAGAGCUCUUCUGAGAUCGCUAAGUGAAAAAACAAUGAUCUAGUUGGUGACCAAGGUGAGGUUUUAGGCCUGGAUUUGGAGUCUCUGAAGAUUUUGCUGAAGUGGGGGGUCUUUCUGGGGGCAAUGUUUUGUGGUUUUUUGGUUUUCUGGUGCAAGAGGGUGCUUGCGGUGGAGGAAGUGGUGAAUGCAAGGUACGGAGUGAUUGAGUACUGGGCAUUGUUGUUGAGGAAUGCGUGGCCUAAGGCUUCUACGGUUUGUAAGAUUUUCAAAGACCAAGGUGUGGUCCUGACCGCACUUUAGGUCUAUCUGCAUUAUUCUCAAGGUUAAAUGCUCAUUUUGGUCCCUCAACUUUAGUGGUUUGCACAUUUUUGGUCCCUUGAGAAUUUUUUGCACUUUUUUGAUCCCUCAACUAUACGAAAUGCACUCCGUUAGUCCUUCUGUUAAAUUGGACCGUUAACUUUGCUUCCGUGGCAUUUUUAAUAUUUUUUUUGAUGAUGUGGAGGGCAAAAUUUAAAAAAGUGAUGACGUGCAC